CGGGAGUAGCGGCCCAGUGACUUGUGGGAAAUGUAGUUCUUCAGGCGCGGAAGCCGCGGCCCUCGGCCGGCAGAGGACUCAGUUUCCCAGAGGGCCGAGCGCGGUGCAAGAUGGAGGCAGCCAGGCCGCGGUGAGCCGCUCUAAAACAGACACCAUUGGCGUUUACUUCGUGUCCCCUUUCCUGGAGUUGUGCCUUCAUUUUGGGAGUCACGCGAGGCCCAGAGGAAUGGAGAUCUUGCCUGUGUUUGACCUGGUGCCGGGCACUCAGAGACACUGCAGGUCUGCCUGGCCUGGUCCUCGGUGGGUGCACGAGCAAGGGGUCACCCUGGGCCAGGGAGGCUUGGUGGGAAGAGGGAGUUGGUGGACGGAUGUCUGUGCGGAGGGUGAGACUGGGCUGUCCUCUGAGCCUGGAAACAAGCUUCAGGGUGCCUGGUGACACUGGAACACUAACCAGGUGCUGGCAGCACUUCUCUGCUCAGCUGGGAAAGUGAGGGGUGUGCGGAGGCGCAUAGGACAAAUGCCCCAGGAGCUGUGGGGCUGGCCUCUGCGGAGCAAGGCCGCUCCGGCUUCCUGAGCACUUGACCCGCAGAUGCCAAGGAUGUGUCUGCAGACUCGUCUGGAGCUCCAGGGCAUCUCACGGCGGUCAGGAGCACACCUCCUCCCCACGGAGCAGGCAGGCGCCCCGGCCUUUGUGGAGUACCCGCUGCCUGCCACGCAGCGUGCCUGGCUGAGAGAAGGCGUGCAGAGCAGAGGUCGCUCUCGGCCCUGGGUUCAAGCCCCCGCCCCCCCUGCAGCAGGCCUCCUAGUGGCUUUAGUCAGACUGGCUGGAGAGGAUUGAAUGAGGUGACACGUCAGAAGGACCAGCUCCUGGGCCUGGCUGUGUCAGGGGCUCUGUAAACCCAGGCCCACUCCCGGGGUGGCGGCUCCACUCCUGCAUGUCUGCCGUCUGGUCUGAGGGCUGCCUCUCCCUCCCUGCCCUCAGCCAGCCACUGAGCCACUGAGCAGAGCCGUGCCUGGCGGGGGCCGUUGCGACCAAGAACCUUCUCCAGCGCUCGGCCCACCAGCCGUCCAGCACAGGCGCCCAGCAGCCAGGGAGGUGCGGCGUGGCUGGGGGACGCAUGGCUGAGGCAGGGGACGGCCAGCACUCCGUUGGCUCCGGGGGUGCCGCUCUGUCUCCCGACCCCGUCUGCCUCAGCGACUCGGACUCCGACCUCAGCCUGCUCGACAAUGCUGAAGUGGAAGCUCUGUCUCCCGGGGGGCUGCCCGGGGAGGCCCCGGGGGAUUCGGGCCCCGAUGAGCCCCCCUCGCCCCCCAGGAGCUUCGCCACAGCGGCGGUGCAGCCCUUCCACCUGAGAGGCACGAGCCCCACCUUCUCCCAGCGCAGCCACGACAUCUUCGGCGGCCUGGAGCGGGCAGCCAGGCGGGCUCCGCCCUCUGCGGCCCCAGCCGGCCCUGGCGACAGUGGGGGCUUCCGGCAGCCGCUGACACUCUCCAGCCGGCCUCCAGCCGGGGGCCCGAGCAGGGCCACUCAGAAUCCCGCUCCCCUAAGGGUGCCCCCCAUUCCUGACUACGUGGCCCACCCCGAGCGCUGGACCAAGUACAGCCUGGAGGGUGUGGCUGAGGCCAGCAAACAGAGCAACCGGGCCGCCGCCCUGGCCUUCCUGGGCCCCCAGAGCCUGGCCGCCCCCAGCGGCUACGUGCCCUCCUUCAACCAGGACCCCUCUAGCUGUGGGGAGGGCCGGCUCAUCUUCUCCAAACCGGUGCGAACCGGCGAGGCCCGGCUUGAGAAGAGGAGGGUCCCGAGGAAGGCAGGGGAGCCGGGUGGGAGCCCCCACGGGAUCCCGGGGGCGGCGGGGGGCGAGGGCCCCGUGGAGCUGGCCCACCUGGCCAGGCCCGGGAGCCCGGAGGCCGAGGAGUGGAGCAGACCCCGGGGGCGCCUGCAGGAGGUGGGUGCACCCGAGGGGGAGGCCCUCGCGGGGUCUGGGGCCAGCGCCCUGCCAGGGGAGGCGGUGGGCUUCCACAGCAGCAGGAAGCGGAGCAGGGACCACUUCCGGAGCAAGGACAGCAGCCCCGAGGCCCCAGGCGCGGACGUCUGAGCGGGGAGACCGCCUGGCCGCCUGCCUGCCCUGGCCGAGCUGGAGGGACGGCCCCCACUGUCCCCCCGGGGUGGCUUCAGGGGCGGAGCAGGCCCGGGGCCCCACCCCCAGGGAAGGGAGCCAGCGGGCUGCCUGUCGGUGGCACCAGCGGCCAGGGCGGAGACCUUGCUGAGGGUGUGGGCCAGGGGUUGGUGGAAACCCUUACUCACCCCGUGCCCAGGGGCACAGUAAAGGCUCUGGGUGUUC